AUGGUGGGAGGUUGGCCAGUAGCUGGCACCGAAUCGGCCGACUCCUUUACCUCCACUGUUCCGUUCUGGCUUUGGACGGCCUGCAAGGCCGCCUUAGCGGCAGGCGGCACGAGCGCCACCGAGGCGAUCCUCACUGGUUGCAAUGAUAACGUCGUGGUCCCCGUCGUACUGUGGCUUUUGGUGCGGGGCUUAAAAUUGGGCCAUGUUGGAUACUGUGUGUAUAGUACAUAA